AUGCUUAGCCUUUCCGCAGACUGCGUUUACGAAAUCUUAAAAUAUGUAGAGGAGGAUAUCAAAACUGGAAAAGUUUCGGUCGCAUUAUUUACGGCGCUAUUUUCAUGCUUAGAAAAAGACAUCAAACGAUUUUUUUACGAAUGUAAUAUUCAUCCAUUCGAUUUAUCAAAGCGAGAGGAUUUUUUUAAUGAAGCUUUAUUUCAAUACCCAAAAUAUGGUAGAAGUCUUGACCUUAAAAAAUUAAGUACAAUUAUUGGCCAUCAAUUUUCAAGUGAGGAUCAUAAAGUUCUCGUCAAUCAAGAAAUUUUAAAGAUGAUAUUAUCAAAAAGUCGUUCAAUUAAAAAGAUAAUUAUGUUGGGAAUUGAAGCACCUUAUCCGUUAUCAAAUUGCCUUUGGGCUGACGAUUCUUUAUCACAAUUGGUAGAAUUGCAAUGCGACUGUGACGACGCUCUAUUCUACUUUGGACUGGCGAGACAUUGUCGAAAUAUCGAAAAGUUGGAUGUUAUUUGUGGAGCUGACAACUUGGGAUUAACGUCAUUGAUCGAAUUACAAAAUUCUUUAAAAUCUUUACGUUGUGAAGCUUAUGAUAAUUUGCAUGAAUUUGGGAAAGCUUUAUCAAAAUAUCAAUCAACUUCACUACUUGAAUUGGAAAUAUUUGAAGGUAAAUGUAUUCCAAUCGAAUUCUUCUCUUCAUUUAUCAAUUUGAAGAGAUUGAAAAUCGGAUAUAUUGAGGAUAUUUGUGAUCCAAAAGACCUACACGCCUUGGAGUAUACCAUAUUACCAAAUUUAGAAUUUUUAUCAGCCGACAUUGAACUUCCUCGAUUAAACAUCUUGACGAGAUUGAUAUCAAGUACCAUUGGGAAUCUUACCCACAUCUUUCUUGGUUCUUACAUACCGGAGGAUGCUACUCAGCAAAUCGAACCCUAUCAUAUGACUAUUUCAAACCAUUGUCCAAACCUUUAUUAUGUUUCAACAUUUUUUUACGAAGGUAAUGGGAAUAGUUCUUUUGGAUUAGAAGAAUUAAUUAGAUCUUGUAAUAAAUUAAGAGGAAUUAUCUUCAAUGCGCUAUCGAUGAAUUCAAGUGGCUUUGAUUUAUUUAACUUGGUUAGAAGGUUUGCUCCGAGUUCUUUAUGUGAUAUUAAAAUUGUUGGGAAUUGUGGAUUAAAAUCUUGUUAUUUGGAAUGGUUUUUGGAAUCUUGGAGAUCAAGACGACCUUUGUCUUUAAGCAUAUCCGAAGAUGUUUAUGAGCUAUCGGAAAAAUUGGAACGGGUCAAGAAUAAAUUCUUGGAUUUUACUUAUGCUACUUCCGAAAAAUUUCCAGAUUUAAAAAAUUUUGCCGGAAAAUUCGGAAAUUUUGAAAAAGAUUAUGCGUUAGCAUGA